GCAAGACAAGUGACAUGUGACGUGACAGCUGACAGCUAAACAACACAGCGACGUUGCCACACUUCUCGUUCUUUUCAAAACAUUAACUUUGCACUUUGUGGUGUUUGAAGCCCUUUGAAACCCCCAAAAGUGAGUGUAGGCUUCCGCAGAGGUGUCUAGAACGCACCCUUUUACGUGUUUUCGUGUUAAAUAGUAGCCAUCAUGAUUACUAUUUUUCUAGAAGACAUAAAAACGUUAGGUCAUACUGCAAUUUUAUCUCGAAAUCGCUGAUAUUACGACUCUAAAGCAAAGUUAAUUCGUUUUUAAGACAAGUGAGAAUGUUUCAUAAAGCAGACAAUGCCAAGUGUAGUUUUUUGGAGCAAACCAAAGCGGCUAGAGAGGAAAGGGCUUUCGAAAAGAAGAAAGAAAAAGCGGCCACUUUGAUACAAGCAAGCGUGCGAGGGUGGCUUGUACGGGUCAAGUUUAGCCGAAACAUACUGGAAGAAUUUGAUGAGACUGUACCUGAGGUGCCAGAGGAUGAGAGCAAGACGAUUUUGAAGCCUGCCUUGCAAAUAUAUAGUCAAUCAUGUAGACUACUGCUCAUUUGGCACAAGGAAAGGGACAGAGACAGGUUUGAGAAGUUAUGUCGAUAUUUAAUUGUGACUCUCGAAACAGAGUCACCCAAACUUAGCUAUGUGGGUGUUGCUUUAAUUAAGGAACAUGUGAUAAGAUGGAUCUCUCAUAUGAACGAUAUUCUAUGGAAGUGCUGUGAAUAUUUAAAUGAUCUAAAACCAGAAUUUGCGGGUGAUAUGAAAUCAAUCAUUUUGUACUUGCACAUGUUAGUGUCUUUCACAAAUACCAGCAACUGGUUGGUUUUAAGGAACAAAAAUAUGGAUGUUUUGAAAGCAGGCAUGAAUAAGUUGUGUGCAAACUUAAUGGGACAAUUAUUUCACAAGGGAUUUUAUUUAAUUUUAAAGACUUUGUUGAUAAGGGGGCUAGGGCGUAUUAAAAUAGCCUUCACGCAUGCUACACUUUCUGCGAUUCUGACACUAGCACUGAGACCUUUAGUGGCAGCCAAUUUUUCAGACAAGCUUAUGACAAUGUUUCUUAUCCAUAUUCUGUCAGUUCCGGCUUUAAUUCAGCAUUUGGACGAUUUAACACCUGAGUGUAUUACCAAUAUAAAUAAUCACAAGCUAUUCUCCAGAAGCUUGGAACUUUUGUCUAGCCAACAGUCAAUGAGAAUCGUCUUCAAUACCCUUGAAGGUAGCUACGCCCUCUGUCUUCUCGCAAACCUACUACAAUUAGCAUACAUGGAAAAAGACGGUGCCUUGAAAGACUUAAGCUUUCCGACGUUCACUGUUGUGGUCACUGGAUUGCUAGAAAGUUGCCAAAAUUAUGUAGUUAAUAAACAGUCGAAUUUAACUCACUGGCACCCAGUACUGGGUUGGUUCGCUCAACCCAUGGACCCAUCUCUCAACGCGGCCAUGCCUCAUGUAAAACUCCAGCUAAACUUGCUCUGGAAUUCCCCCAUCGUCCAUAUUUUGCUAGGAGACUUUCUCCAACAACUCGUCCAAAACGUCGAAUCCCCGCAGCCGAGCCCCAGCCCUCAAAAUAUCAAUUUCAGUGGCUCAAACUUUUUCAAAAAAGUGUUAGAAGCGAGAGGAAAUAAAACCAACACCCAGAGGAGUUAUCGCGCUUUGGGAAGUCCAGAAGUUCAUCGAGUCGUCCUUGUUUGUUCUUUGUAUCAUACUGCUUUAAAUACUUUGACUCAAUUACAAUUAGAUAUUUUAACAGGACUGUGUUACCAAAAUUCAACUUUGUACAAUUUGUGGCUGUUCUUGUGUUCUUUAGGACCAAAUUGCGGGCUCAAGAAUUUUCUUGACCAUUUAGCUAUUAAUACGAAGUGUACAGCGCCGGAGUUCCAAAUGCUGCAACUAUUUUGUGAUUGUAUGACACACUAUGUAACUAUUUUAGACGAUGUAGAAAUGUACGAGCAGCAGAACCCUUUCAAAAUAAGCGACUUCAUCGUGAUGUCGUCAUUCCUAAACACAUUUCUCUACAAAGCAGUCCUAGGAAAUCUGUUCGAUCUAAAAACCAUCCAAACCAACCCCCUUUUCCAGUCGUUGCACACACUACUAAUGCUUCUGUACAGAAGAGACUGCCGCCGAACGUACACCCCUCAAGGCCACUGGCUGCUCAAGGACAUCAAAGUGUCGGCGUUCAUAGCCGAUCUCGACAAAGGUCGCAAAGCGCCUCAACUGCUCAUACAAACCAUGCCACAUAUCAUCCCCCACGAAGACCGAGUGCGCCUCUUCCGCAAAUACAUAACCAAUGAAAAAACAGUACUGGGUUUGACCGAAUCCGCGUGCGCUUCCCCACAGUCCACCUUGAUCACCGUCCACAGGUCGAGAAUUGUCGAAGACGGCUACCGCCAGUUGGCGCUCCUCCCCCCGCAAGCCCUCAAGGGCGUAAUUAGAGUACGUUUCAUUAACGAACAAGGCCUGGAUGAAGCCGGGAUUGACCAAGACGGCGUGUUUAAAGAGUUUCUGGAAGAAAGUAUCAAGAAGAUAUUCGAUCCGGCGCUGAAUUUGUUUAAAGUUACGAGUGAGGAGAGGUUGUAUCCGUCUCCGACGUCGUAUUUGCAAGAUAAUCAUCUUCAGUUGUUUGAAUUUGUGGGGAGGAUGCUGGGCAAAGCCGUGUACGAAGGGAUUGUUGUGGAUGUGCCUUUUGCGUCGUUUUUUCUGAGCCAGGUUUCUGGACAGACGGCUCAAGCUUUGUACAGUUGUGUGGAUGAAUUGCCUUCUCUAGAUCCAGAGUUGUAUAGGAGCUUGAGUUAUGUCAAGCAUUAUGAUCGGGACGUGUCUGAUUUGGAUCUCACGUUUAGCUUGGAUGAGGAGUGUCUGGGGAAGUUGGUUACUCAUGAGUUGGUAGCUGGGGGAAAGGCGGUUCCUGUUACGAACGAUAAUAAGAUUAAUUACAUACACCUGAUGGCGCAUUUCCGAAUGCAUGUACAAAUCAAGGAUCAAACCAGCGCGUUUAUCCGCGGAUUCCGUUCCAUAAUCAACCCCGAGUGGUUGUCUUUGUUCUCCACACCAGAAUUGCAACGUUUGAUCGCAGGCGACAACGUACCCUUGGACAUGAAAGACUUGCGCAAACACACCCAGUAUUAUGGGGGUUUCCACGAUUCGCACAGAGUCGUGGGGUGGUUGUGGGACAUUCUCGAAAAAGAUUUUACCGAAGAUGAGAAAGGGAUGUUUUUAAAGUUUGUGACGAGUUGCUCCAAACCACCUUUGCUAGGUUUUGCGCAUUUGGAACCCCCGUUUUCGAUCAGGUGUGUUGAAGUUGGUGACGACGAGGAUACGGGAGACACUAUUGGGAGCGUUUUUAGGGGUUUCUUCACGAUAAGGAAAAAGGAUCCGCAGAAUCGGUUACCGACUUCUUCGACGUGUUUUAACUUGUUGAAAUUGCCCAACUAUCAGAAAAAAAGUACUUUGAGAGAAAAAUUGCGAUAUGCUGUUACGUGCAAUACUGGAUUUGAAUUGUCUUAAUUUUGAAGAGGAGAAAUUGUUGACAUAUUUACAAUUCAUAUCAGCGUUUUGUAUUUUAAUAUACACAUUUAAGGUAGAGUAAUUUUAAGGUUUAGUAAUUCUUGCUGUGUUGUAAAUUUUGUUAGUGCCGUGAUCUUUUCUUGUGUAUUUAUUUAUUUGGGAGGUUUAAACUUUUGACUACCAUGUGAUUGUCUUUGUUGUCGAGUAUAAUAUUAAAUAAUAUAUUUUAAAAUAAAA